UGUUGUUUUACAGAUAAUACAUUUUUUAGUGAUGAAAUUAUUGCAAAUGGCUUCCAUUCUUGCGAAAGUGAUGAAGAUGAUAGAGCCUCUCAUGCAAGUUCCAGUGAUUGGACUCCAAGGCCACGCAUAGGUCCAUACACCUUUGUCCAACAACAUCUCAUGAUAGGCACAGAUCCACGUGCAAUUCUGAAAGACCUAUUACCAGAAACAAUUCCUCCUCCUGAACUGGAUAAUAUGACUUUAUGGCAAAUUGUUGUUAAUAUUCUCUCAGAACCACCUAAAAGGAAAAAGAGAAAAGAUAUUAAUACUAUAGAGGAUGCUGUGAAACUCCUGCAAGAGUGCAAAAAAAUAAUUGUAUUGACUGGAGCUGGGGUAUCUGUUUCUUGUGGUAUUCCUGACUUCCGAUCAAGAGAUGGUAUAUAUGCGCGCCUAGCAGUUGAUUUCCCAGAUCUUCCUGAUCCUCAAGCAAUGUUUGACAUAGAAUACUUCAGAAAAGAUCCAAGGCCAUUUUUUAAAUUUGCAAAGGAAAUAUAUCCUGGGCAGUUUCAGCCAUCUCUUUGUCAUAAAUUUAUCGCUUUAAUGGAUAAAGAAAGAAAACUCCUUCGCAAUUACACUCAGAACAUAGAUACACUGGAACAGGUUGCAGGAAUUCAAAGGAUAAUCCAGUGCCAUGGUUCCUUUGCAACGGCUUCUUGCCUCAUCUGUAAAUACAAGGUUGAUUGUGAAGUUGUACGAGGAGAUAUUUUUAAUCAGGUUGUUCCUAGAUGUCCCAGAUGUUCACCUGAUGAACCACUUGCUAUCAUGAAGCCAGAAAUUGUGUUCUUUGGUGAAAAUCUACCUGAGCAGUUUCACAGGGCCAUGAAAUAUGACAAAGAUGAAGUUGAUCUUCUUAUUGUUAUUGGGUCUUCACUCAAAGUAAGACCAGUAGCAUUGAUUCCAAGCUCCAUCCCACAUGAAGUGCCUCAAAUUCUAAUUAAUAGGGAACCAUUGCCUCAUCUACACUUUGAUGUGGAGCUUCUUGGUGACUGUGAUGUUAUUAUCAAUGAAUUAUGUCAUAGAUUGGGUGGAGAAUAUUCAAAACUUUGUAAUAGUUCCAUUCAGCUUUCAGAAAUAACAGAGAAACCUCCACGGCCACACAAAGAGUUUGAAAAACAUUUAACAGAGUUAGCAGCUACUCCUUUAAACAUUUCUGAAUCUUCUAGUUCACCUGACAGAAUUGCAUCGCAAGAUUCUCAAGCGAUGCAUUCAGAGCAUUCUAGUCCAUAUAAAGCAGGAAAUUCUGAUGUUGCCUUGGAAUCUAAAGAAACGUCUGUAGAAGAAAAACCAUUAGAAGUGCAUAACUCUUUAGAAAAUUCAGAAAGUACUCAUGGUCAAUUAGAAACUGCAGAACAUGUGAAGGAGCCUGGAUCUAAUCAAGAAGAAAACAAAGAAAGAAGUGAAAAAAUGUCUGUUGAAACACUGAGAAAAUGUUGCUUGAAUAGAUGUGUGAAAGAGCAAAUUAGCAAGCGGCUUGAUGGAAUGAAUGCUAAUAAUGAAUACAAAUUCUUUAAUCAGGUUGUUCCUAGAUGUCCCAGAUGUUCACCUGAUGAACCACUUGCUAUCAUGAAGCCAGAAAUUGUGUUCUUUGGUGAAAAUCUACCUGAGCAGUUUCACAGGGCCAUGAAAUAUGACAAAGAUGAAGUUGAUCUUCUUAUUGUUAUUGGGUCUUCACUCAAAGUAAGACCAGUAGCAUUGAUUCCAAGCUCCAUCCCACAUGAAGUGCCUCAAAUUCUAAUUAAUAGGGAACCAUUGCCUCAUCUACACUUUGAUGUGGAGCUUCUUGGUGACUGUGAUGUUAUUAUCAAUGAAUUAUGUCAUAGAUUGGGUGGAGAAUAUUCAAAACUUUGUAAUAGUUCCAUUCAGCUUUCAGAAAUAACAGAGAAACCUCCACGGCCACACAAAGAGUUUGAAAAACAUUUAACAGAGUUAGCAGCUACUCCUUUAAACAUUUCUGAAUCUUCUAGUUCACCUGACAGAAUUGCAUCGCAAGAUUCUCAAGCGAUGCAUUCAGAGCAUUCUAGUCCAUAUAAAGCAGGAAAUUCUGAUGUUGCCUUGGAAUCUAAAGAAACGUCUGUAGAAGAAAAACCAUUAGAAGUGCAUAACUCUUUAGAAAAUUCAGAAAGUACUCAUGGUCAAUUAGAAACUGCAGAACAUGUGAAGGAGCCUGGAUCUAAUCAAGAAGAAAACAAAGAAAGAAGUGAAAAAAUGUCUGUUGAAACACUGAGAAAAUGUUGCUUGAAUAGAUGUGUGAAAGAGCAAAUUAGCAAGCGGCUUGAUGGUACUCAAUACUUGUUUUCACCACCAAAUCGCUAUAUUUUCCAUGGUGCUGAAGUAUAUUCAGACUCUGAAGAUGAUGUCAUAUCCUCCAGCUCUUGUGGAAGUAGCAGUGGUAGUGGGUCAUGUCGUAGUCCAAGCUUAGAUAUAGAAGAGGAAAGUGAACUAGAAGAAUAUUACAACGGCAUAGAAGAAGAAGAAGAUGAUGAUGAUGCUCCUGACAGAGAAGAGGAGAAUGGAUUUGAAGAAGAUGGAACUGACCUUCAAGAAUCUGUUGAUGAAUCAAUUUCUGUAAAUCAGACAGUAGAAUUUGACAGUUCAUCAGACAAGUUGUAAGAUAAUUACUGAUUUAUUUCAGGAACUUUUCCACCAGCAUUAGCAAUUUGGGCAUGUUGGAAUGAAUGUGUACUGAAUUUAGAACAAGGCAAACAACGAUGUAAUGUUUAUAAACACUAGAGUAGAUUUUCAUGCAUAGUUUUCUGACUUUUCCAAUCAAAUUCUAUAAAGGCACACUCAGUACUAAUUUUCAUUGCAUUUUGAGUUUUGUAAAAGGCACUAAGUAUCUUUUACUGUCACUGCAUUCAUUUUUUAUUGUUUAUCUGUGUUGUGUGUCUGUGCGUAUACACACAUACACAAUAUGUUUGCUUAAUGAAAUUCACCCUAUUUUAUUUUUGAACCAUUUAAAAAAGCCAUCAGAAUAUUAAUAUAAUAUAAAGGGAACAGCUAAUCUAGACCAAAGAAUGGUAUUGUUCAUACCUCUCUUGUUUUGCAACAUUUCAGUUUAUUUAAAGCCUGUUUAUGUCUCUCCUAAAGUCUGCUGCUGCAAGAAUAUGUUGUUAAAUAUGGGGAUUUCCCCCAAAUUCCUAUGGCAGCUAUGUUUUCUGAAAAUAACUCUUCAUGUUGGGUAUAUUUGCAUGCAAUCAUAUUAGAAGUUAAUUAGACAUCAGUGAGCACCUGAAAAUUCCUUAGAUUACUAGAAAAUAGCAUUUAAAAAAAUACUAUUUAAAUAAAUAAAAAUGCUAUUUUUUAAUAAAGACUAAAGUGAAGCAACUUUCUGUAGAUACAUAAUAAUGCUUAUUGGCGUACAAAAUUACAGCAAGAAAGUAUUAGAUAAAAAAUCAUUAACCUUGUUAACACAAGUAUUUAGAGCAGGAAGUUGGUAUAUAAAGCAAUGUAUAAAAUCUUUGUGUACACUGCCAAGAUGUGAAUAUUUAAGUGUUGAAGGUGUAUAUAUAAUAUUCAGAAUACAGAUGAAAUCUUUGCCCAAGAACAAAAGUGUUUCUAUACUUUUCAGUACUUUUAUACAAACGUUUAAUGAGAACUACUCACACAUCCAGUAAAAAAA